CCGGGGGGUUACAUUCGACUCCACCUGCAAACACUGCAGCGGAAACUAAUGGCCAGUCGAUGUCUAUUUGCAUCUCAUUUAAAUAUUGUCCAAGGCGCCUUUCCAGGCUUGCCCCAGCCGUCAGUCACCUCCGUGUCCUUCCCGCGGCCCGCUCCCUCACUGGCUGGGUUUCACCAUCCCUGUCUUCUAGGGCUGCAGCUGCGGUUGCCAGGUAGGUGGAUGUGAGAGGCCUGCUCCUCCUCAUUCUCUAGAGGCCACCCCGUCGCCGCUGGCACCAUGCUGUCCCCUCAGAGGGCUUUACUCUGCAACCUCAACCACAUCCACCUCCAGCAUGUCUCUCUGGGCCUGCACUUGUCCCGCCGUCCGGAGCUUCGGGAGGGGCCCUUGGGCACAUCCCCUCCCCCAGGGGACACUGGGGGCAAGGAGAGCCAGGGCCCCUGCAGCGGGACCUUGGUGGACGCCAAUUCCAACAGCCCAGCCGUUCCCUGCCGAUGUUGCCAGGAGCAUGGGCCAGGCCUAGAAAACCGGCAGGACCCAGCACAGGACGAAGAGGGGGCUGCCUCUCCCUCGGACCCAGCUUGCUCCUCCUCUCUCAGCUCCUGCUCAGAUCUUAGCCCUGAUGAGUCCCCCAUCUCGGUCUACUCCAGGGACCUCCCUGGCAGUGAGGAUGUCCACCCUCAGCCCAGCAUCAUUCCUCUGGAGCAAGGCUCCCCACUGGCUUCUGCAGGUCCAGGCGCCUGCUCCCCAGACAGCUUUUGUUGCUCUCCUGAUUCCUGCUCUGAAGCUUCCUCUCCACCUGGCCCUGGCCUGGACUCCAACUGCAAUGCCCUGACCACCUGCCAGGACCUGCCUUCCCCAGGACUAGAGGAAGAGGAUGAGGCUGAGGAGCAGGACCUCCCUACCUCUGACCUCCUAGAGGCUGAUGAUGGGAAAAUCGAUGCUGGGAAAACCGAACCCAGUUGGAAAAUCAACCCCAUUUGGAAAAUUGACAAAGAGGAGACUGAAGCUGGCUGGAAAAUCACUGAGAACAAUAACUCUGAUUGGAAAGUAAAUGGGAAUUCUAACUCUAGCUGGAAAACUGAACCUGGAAAAUUCGACUCCGGUUGGAAGACCAAUACAGGAAUAACUGAUACUGGCUCCAAAACAGAUGCAGGGAAAACUGAUGGGGGAUGGAGAAGUGACGUCAUCAAGGAGCCGGUGCCCCACCGGACAAUCACAUCCUUCCACGAGCUGGCCCAGAAGCGCAAGCGGGGCCCAGGGCUGCCCCUCGUGCCGCAGGCCAAGAAAGACCGCAGUGACUGGCUCAUCGUCUUCUCGCCAGACACCGAGCUGCCCCCCACGGGGUCGCUCGGUGGCUCCCCGGCGCCUCCCCGGGAAGUCACCACCUUCAAGGAACUCAGGUCCCGAAGCCGGGCCCCGCCCCCGCCAGUCCCGCCCCGAGACCCCCCAGCUGGCUGGGCCUUGGUCCCGCCCCGGCCCACACCUCCACCCGUCCCUCCCCGGAGGAAGAAGAACCGACCUGGGCUGCAGCCCAUAGUAGAGGGGCAGCCCGAAGAGGGCAGGGCGGGGAGCCCAGCUGCUGGUGAGGAGGCCCCAGCCGCAAAGGAGCCGGAGGAGCCAGGCCCGCAGGCCGGCGUUGAGGCCGGUCCCCUCCUGCUCCCUCGGCCUCUGGUUUUCCGGUUCUCGGCUGACGGGCGCCCCCUGUUGGAGGGUGGGGGCGCGGCCGCAGCUGGGUCUCUGCUCCUGGCGCCUCUGGCCGGCUGGCCCGGAGCUGGGCUGCGGCUACUGGGGGCGCCGAGUCCCCCAGAGGAGCAGCUGCUGCCUGUCCGCCUGUCCCCGGUGGGGGCCUAUUCGCCUCCGGCUAGGGGGGACCUGCCUUGCCUGGCCAGCCCUGAGCUGGCACUGCUGCUGUCCCCGCUCUUUCCCAGAAGUAGCACCUUCCCCGCCGCGGCUUCCCCACUCCGCCAGGUACCCGCCCCCCCGCUGCCACGGCCACCUCGUCCGCCGAAGGCCCCUCGCUGGACCAGGAGCCCACCGCCUCCUCCCAGGCUACUCCGUAGUUCCUGGUCGUUCACCGGCGUCCCCCGGGACCAGCGACUGUGGAUGGCAGAAGCCCAGAGUGGGACUGGCCAGCUGCAGGAGCAGAAAAAAGGUCUCCUGAUAGCCGUCAGCGCUUCAGUGGAUAAAAUCAUCUCGCACUUUGGGGCCGCCCGGAACUUAGUGCAGAAGGUGAAGGCCCAGUUGGGGGAUAGCCGUCUGAGCCCAGAUGUGGGGCACCUCGUGCUGACCACCCUUUGUCCGGCCCUCCAUGCCCUGGUGGCCGACGGGCUGAAGCCUUUCCGGAAAGACCUCAUCACUGGGCAGCGCCGGAGCAGCCCCUGGAGCGUGGUGGAGGCGUCUGUGAAGCCAGGCUCCAGCGCCCGUUCCCUGGGAACCCUGUAUGGCCAGGUGAGCCGUCUAGCCCUGCUAAGAAGCAGCCGUAGCCGCUUCCACGCCUUCAUCCUGGGCCUCCUCAACACUAAGCAGUUGGAGCUGUGGUUUUCCAGUCUCCAGGAAGAUGCAGGCCUGCUGUCCCUCCUGUACCUGCCCACUGGCUUCUUCUCCCUGGCCCGGGGCGGCUGCCCCUCCUUGUCCACGGAGCUGCUGCUCCUGCUGCAGCCGUUGUCGGUGCUCACCUUCCACCUGGACCUGCUUUUUGAGCACCACCACCACCUGCCCCUGGGCCUGCCUCAGGCCCCUGACCCCCCAGGCUCGCCUCCAGCCCUGCAGCAGACUGUGCAAGCCAUGCUGCACUGGGGGGGUCGGCUGGCCCAGAGCCUCCGGGGGGCUUCUGGGGAGACCCCUCCAGGCCCUUCAGCCCCCUCAAGCCCUCCUACCCCAGGUAGUUGGUGGGAGCAGCUGACCCAGGCUUCCCGGGUCUACGCCUCUGGCGGCACCGAGGGCUUCCCUCUUCCCCGGUGGGGAUCGAGGCAUCACAGGACUGCAACUGAGGUCACACAGGAGAGGUCCCUGCCCGCAGAGGAAGCUGCACCAGGCAGAGGCGUAUGGCUGGGGAGACUGUUUGGAGUGCCUGGAGGCCUCACAGAAACUGAGAGUGGAGCCCCAAAGUCCAGGAGACCAUCCAGCUGGCUGCCCCCGACAGUGAGUGUGUUGGCUCUGGUGAAGCGGGGGGCACCUCCCGAGACUUCCCCUUCUCCUAAGGAACUUGAGGUCUCGGCACCCAGCACAGCGCAGACCCACAGGGCAGUCCGAGCUCUCUGUGACCACAAUGCUGCAGGACCUGACCAGCUGAGCUUCCGGCAUGGGGAAGUGCUGCGUGUCAUCGCCACUGUGGAUGAGGACUGGCUCCGCUGUGGGAAGGAUGGAGUGGAGGGGCUGGUGCCUGUGGGGUACACCUCUCUUGUUCUCUAGGCCUAGGACCUUUUCCUUUCCUGCACCUCUCUCCCUCCUGUCACCUGGGAAUGGAAUGGCCUGUGAACACUCCCCCAUGUAAACUGAUCAUCCCCGAAGUACUUUCCCUGUCUGCAAAAUGACACUUUCCUCCCACAUCCAUUUCUGCUAACAUGUAAAAUAAACUUUCCUCCUUCCCUCCCAUACCCAUCUAUAAGGUGAAAUCUGCUCUUCUUCCAAAUGUAUAAAAAGGCAUUUCCCUCCAUGCAAUCUCUUUUCUCUUUCCAAUCUGCAGAAGGGAAUAUAGCUCCCUAUCUGCAAAAUGGAAAUCUAGACCCCCCUCUAUCUUCUUCAUCUGUAAGUGGACUGUGCCAGUAUAGUAUAUGCCUCAGUUUCCAAGACUAGAAGGGCCUCUUGGCUUCUUCCUGUGUAUGGAACCUUUCCUCACUUCACCCAUCCCAUGUUGCCUGUAUUUAUGAUAUACUCAUGCUGUACUAGGUGCUGAAGUCUGGACACCCCUGGCGGGUGGGCCUGUGGUGUUGGUCUGCCUUCUUCUUCCUUUGUCCCAAUAAAGAGUGGGAGUUGAACGUG